AUGUUUUGUUUUUCAUUCUGUCCUAUGGAUGCUUUAACAUUUAACUCUUCUAACACGUCUUUUGCUGAGUCUGGGAAGACUCCAGUUACUCAAACUGUUCCUGUAGAGCAGUCUGCAAUUCAAGCUUGGGAACGUGAACAAGAUAUCCACUUAGAACAUCCUCAUUUGGAUUUGUUAGAUGCUUGGUCUUCGGAUGGUGGUAGCAUAUCCUCGUCUUCAUCAUACUGCUCUGACACACACCAUACGGAUAUCGGUGGAGUGACUUCACCUAUCUCUUGUGAUAAAACAGUGAAAGGGGACCAUGUAGAUUCUUCGAGAGACACAUGUGGGUCAGUGCAAUUUAAGAAGCGUCAUCUUCAUUACCUAAAGUCUGCUGGUGUAUACACUAGUGAAGAAGUUAUUGAUCAGGCAAUAGACCGUUGGCGCUCCUAUAAGGAUUUAUGUUGUCAAGCUCUUUCUGUUUUAAGACAACAACUUGUUGAUGCAUAUAUUCCUCAUGCAAUGGAAGAAAACAAAAUUUCUGCACCUAAACAAGGAUCCAGUGAACCAACAGGUAUACCAUCCGACAUAUCGAAUCGAAGUCACUUGAGGCAACGUGCUGCUAAAAAUAUACUCCGUCAUUCCGUCAAGACUGCAAAUCAAAGACACCUAGCUUGUGUAUCUAAAUUUGCUAUAGUUAGUAAUCGUAUAGCCAAAUGGCGUAAACCUACUGCAAGUCAACAAUGUCGCUACCGUGAUCCUACGACAACAACUUGGGAGAAACGUUGUACAAACCGAUGUAUCCCACUAUUACCAGUCUGUUCUCAUCAUUUAGUCCAAAUGCGACCUGCACCAUACUAUGAUGAUUUAAAUUCAUCUGCCGUAUGCGAAAAUCAAAAUGGUGAGCCGAAUUCAGAAAACAACAUCCUGAAUGCCACUCCCAAAUCUGAUGACCCAAUAACUGAUUUCGUCGCAGAUACUACUAGUAAUACAUCUGAUAUUGAACCGACUCCCCCACCUAUCCACUGUAUUCCCAUUAGUCGUAGUCGAAAUUCGUCCUGUGGAGAUUUUCCCGCCUCCAACAUGAAUAAAUCAAUAAAAUUUGAUGAUCACAUUAAAUCUCCAUCUUCCCGCCUUAAUCGGAGCACUAAGGGACAUUUUGAUCAGUCAAGUAUAGGUAGUCCUAAUUCUCCAUCUUUACAGAUUCCAGCACAGUACUUAUUCCGUUGUUGUGAUGGUGGAUCAUCUCAUAAGUGUACAGAACCAGUUAUUGCCUGGAAUCAGUUGACGCGUUGCAUUUACCACUCCACUACAGCAUCAAUUUGUACUGACAAUCUGAAUAUGCCUAACAAUGACUUGGAGGCCACACAAACAGAGACAUGUAAAGACGUACAAUCUGCUUAG